AAACUCAAAAUGAAUUGUGGUGUGUCUGGUCGGUGUGUUCUCUCCUCAGCACCACCAGUCGUUGUCUGAACGUACAUGAGGACGGACCUAUUGAGCGGGCGUUCCCGACACUCUUACGUGAUUAUCACACCGACAUCCCCGGGUGCGGACGGACGUGUGAUGUGUGGUGAAAACCAUUGAUUUUCCAGCAAAUUUUCCCGCCACUAAAAAAAAUUACUCUGAUUUUUAUUCGUGGGCUUUGUGCCAAAAAAAAACACCCCCGAGGCAAUUUUCUUUCCCCCUUGAAGGAAAAGGGAGUAAAAAAAAUCACUCAAAUAGGGUGGAGAUGGAGUGAAAAAGGAAUCAAAACAUCGUCUAACCCGGCAAGAAAAAUAACUCCUGCGGAAACAUCCACAAAAAAGAGGUUCAUUCACUGAAAGUGGCGUAAACACGCAAAAGUGGCAAAAGUGCCCCACAAAAGUGUGCAGAUUUUCAAAUUAAUUCUUCAAGAUGUUUCAAGACGUUCCCAUGUGUGUGCGUUAAUCAUUUCCAGGCAAGAAGUAAAAUAUUAAAUUAAUCUUCCUCUGAGAAUCCACGUACUGAUAGUGAAAAAUUGGCGCACGAUGGAAAUUGAGCGUGCUGUUGUUUAAUUUGAUAAAAGCCCCCAAAAUAAGUGCGACCGUGUUACGUGUGUGAUUCGCGCCCAAUUGGCACCAACAAAUUCUCUCCUGUGUGUAUAAGCAAAUCUACUUCUUGGAAAAAAUUCCGUGCUGCAGAUUUCGCCAAGAGUGAGAAAGUGAUUUGUGAAUUAGUUUUUUUUUCUCUUCCUAAUUUAUACGCGCAAAAAAAUUCACACGGUGUGUUUGGAGUGUUUAAGAGUUGAGUGAGAACAUCGCAACGUAAAUACUUUUGAAAAGCACAAGUUCCGGAACUCCAGGCCACUGCUGGAGGAGAAAUUUUCCUCCCAUUGAGCCCCCCCACAACGAGAUUAUAAAUCCUCACCUCAGCACAAUAUUAGGGAUUACCUUCACACGGUGCAUCGGUGCGGAAAAGUCGAAAAUGAAGCAAUUUACUGUGGUGCUUUUAAUUUUUGCCGCUUGUUCACUGACAUCAGCAAGACGAUGCUACAUCUGUGGAAAUGGAUCCGAAGAGCCAUUCAGGAGUGGAGGACGUGGUCGGGGUGCCCGUGAAACUGAGGCUCGCAUCAAGUCAUCGAUUUCAUGCACAGAAUUCGAAAGGAGCUCGUCGAUGGAUCAAUUUGUGAUGGAAUGCCCAGCGGAUUUUGUGGGAUGCAUCACCCAAAUCGAUGGUAACGAAAUAGUUCGCACCUGUGACAGCCUCCCCCUGAAUGAUUGUCAGACGGCGAAUGGGGUGAAAUACUGCUACUGCAAUACGGAUUUGUGCAAUGGUAAAUUGGUGACACCACCCACGCGCAAUGUGAAUGAGAAUCAACACAAAAAUCUUCAUUCACGCGAUGAGGAUGACAUAACUGACGAUGAGGAUUUCAUGGAGGCAUCCGGGAUGGGAGGCAAUGAUCCAUCGUCCAGGAAUUCAGGCAGAAACAUCCACGAUAGCUAUGACGAUUCGUGGUCCACAUCCAAUAACCCACUCACAACACGCCAUCCCAACCCUAAGGCAUCGAGAGGUGCUCAUACAAUUGCAAAACUACCAAUAUUGUUACUACUACCCCUACUACCACUGCUCUUUGUGCUCAUUCAAUGAAGAGGAAAUGCCCUUUCCAUGCUCACUCCCCCGGAGAGGCACAAAAACGGAUCAUUUUGCAUUUUGUCUCUUUCGAAGCGACAGGAAACUAAUUUGUGAAUAAUGAAAAUUGCGAGGAAAUUUUUCGUGACAAAAAGGAAAAAGGCUUCUGAAUACAUUUUUGUGAUAGUACAAUUAGGAUUUUAUAUAAUUACCAUACCUAUAAUUAUGAAUUAUGUAUUUUAUUGAAAUUUAAUUUUAUUUAAUUUUAUCGUAAAACCCUAAUUUAAGAAAUUUGAAUAAUUUUAUUUUGAAAUGUAAAAAUUGAUUUUUGGGAAUAUUGAAAACAUGAUGUGAAAAAAGUAAAAGGCAUUAUAGAUAGAGGAUGAAACGCUAGGAUAGUUUAUGGAAAAAAAAUCUGUCUUGUCGCUUUUGCAGAAUUUUGUUUGAAAUGUAAUUUAAAAGCCAAUGCAACCUUAUCAAAAAAUAAUAACUUGUCAUAAAGAAAAAUUAAUGAUAAACCCCUCAAAUUUAUAAAAUUUUAAUAAGCAAUUUUUUCAUAACACCUAUCCUAGCCAAUUCCGACUGCAAACUAACUUUUUGGGAGGAUAGAAACAAAUUGAUGAGCUCAAUUAUAUUUAGUCAAUGUCAAAAAGGCCCAACAAGUUAAUUUACCACAAUGGGGCGGGCUACAAAAGUGCUGUGGUUAACAGAAAUGAAAACAAUACCGGACAAGCUGUGAGAAUUACUCGCCGUGAAUAACUAUUUCCUAUUUACCACUCUUUAGCACUGUCAGAGAGUAUCUGGCCCAUCGGAUGCUCUUCACCAGACAGUGCCCAAUUCUGGAAAAAUUUGCAUUCUCCCCCCACGUUGAAAAAAAAAAGCACAAGCGCCAAAAAGCUCGCGAGACAAGAGCUCAUUUGUGAUGCUCCUAUUGGGAAAAAAAGAGCCUCAUUGAAAUGCUAAUUACUUGUUUCUUAAUUGCCUAUUUCAAUUUCUGUGUGCCACAGCUAAAAGCAGCGAGAGAUUGGAAAUUAUUCGCCUCUGAAUUUUUUUUGCACAAAAAAUUGUGUGUUGUACAUAAAUAUAUUUUAGUCAAAUGUCUUGUAUAAUUAAUUCUAUUUAUUAUUUUUGCGCUUUUUAUCGCUUCUUUGUAAAUAUCAUGUUAAUUUCAAUGGGAUAUUCUAUCUCUCUCGCUGUGAAUUAUGGUGUAAUGUAUAUAAUUUAUUAAAAUGUCCCUGUCUAUAUAUUAGAUUUUAUUCUGUAUAAAUAUGAAUGUAUUAUUUACAAAAAAAAAAAGAUUUUUGAGACACAGUGAUGGACAGAAAAACAGAAUCACCUAAAUUGCUUGAAAAAAAUCGGCAAUGAUUUGUGUGUACUAGUAAAAAAUAAAUUGAAAAAUAUGAAAACAAGAUCUUAUAGUAAAAAUCCUAAAGAUGAUCUUUAGAAUAAAAAGUCAAGGGGAAACUUUAAUGAAUACAGAGAUGAUUUUAUUUCUCUGCCCACCACUGUGGCUCUUAAAUUUUAUCUCCCUUUUGUGCACAAAAAAAAAUAAAGAUAUUGUGCACAGCUGUCGCAACGAAUUUCAAUUCCAUCAUAUUUUCUAAGUUUUAUUUCUCGAUUUCUUGAGAAAAAAAUAUAAAAGAUUAUUGCUAUGCAUGUUUGCAGUGUUGAAUAGAAGAUUAUAAAAGAAAUUAUCACAGAAAGAAAAAACAUAAAAUAAGAAUAUAAUUAUCGAAAUGAGUGUUGAAGGACAUAAAGUGAAGAAGUUUAUUUGAGAGAUUUAUAUAGCAAUGGAGUAAAAGAAUAACUAUAAAUUAUCUACAUAACAAAAUAUUAGUCAUAGCCGAUGAAUUUAGGAAGGUAUAAAAAUUCGCACAUUUUACGACUGAUCCCAUUUCCUCAUGCUCACCAAAAUUACCAUGUUGAGUGAAUUUUCGGGUAGCCAUCACCAAAUAAAUGACAAUUUACGUGUUUUAGAAUUUACAAAAGAGUCAAAUGUAUCGUCUUAAUGGCCCCCUCAUCCCAUACGACAGAGGGACGUCAUUGCAUUUUAAAAAUGGGAAGCACAGGUAGCAAAUUUAUUAUAUUGAGCGGGAGUUCUUUAAACGAAAACAAUUUGCCAAGGAAGUUGUUCUUAAAUAAACCCAUUUAAAAUCCAAAUUGCAUUUUCACAUCCGCACCAGAGAGAGAGAAAAUUGGGGUUGAAAAUCGAUGAGAGGUGGUGCGGUGUAGUGUUAUAUACAUAUACAGUACAUAGAUAUGAGAUCCAGCAUUGUAAUCAAACAUAUUGUGAAGACUACAUUAUAUAAUAUAACGAGAGAAAGAAGAAAAAAAUAAUUGUACCCCAUUCGUAGAGAUAAGAUUGAUGAGACGAUCAAUAAAAUGAAAACUAAUUACACUCUGA